UACAGUAAACAUUUCCUAUCUCAAGGUAUACUUUGGUAUAUAAACGCGCCCGAGUAAACGGCAAACCAUGCAAAUAUGAAUGUGAUACAGCGACGGGCGUUUCACGCUCUGCGGUCUCUCCAGCAUGAGAAUCCUCUGGGGCUUCCUCGGACGGGAACCAUACCGCGGAUGCAGCGUGGUCUCCCGCAGAAGCGGAGGAUAAAAGACGUAACCAAAGUCAUUGCCGUGUCUUCCGCAAAGGGAGGCGUUGGGAAGAGCACUGUAGCUGCGAACCUCGCUCUUGCAUUUGCUAGACUUGGCCACCGUGCUGGAAUUCUAGAUACCGACAUCUUUGGCCCAUCGAUACCCACCUUGUUCAACCUGUCCGAAGAGCCACGGUUGUCGCAGAACAACCAGCUGCUGCCUCUCUCCAACUAUGGCGUCAAGACCAUGUCGAUGGGCUACCUUGUAGGCGAGCAAUCCGCCGUGGUCUGGCGCGGUCCCAUGGUCAUGAAGGCCCUGCAGCAGCUUCUUCAUGAGGUCGACUGGGGCGGUUUGGAUGUGCUGGUCCUGGACCUGCCUCCAGGAACCGGAGACACGCAGCUAAGCAUCACGCAGCAAAUCUACGUUGACGGCUCCAUCAUCAUCACCACGCCGCACACCCUAGCAGUACAAGACGCCGUCAAGGGCAUCGACAUGUUUCAAAAGGUCUCGGUGCCGAUCCUCGGCCUUGUGCAAAACAUGUCUGCCUUUGUCUGCCAGCACUGCCACGGCGAGACGCCCAUCUUUGGCCCAGGGUCCGGCAUCGUCAAGGAAGUGUGCGACAAGCGCGGCAUCGAGCUCCUCGCAGACCUGCCCCUGCACCCGAGCAUCUCGGGCGAUGCGGCCAGCGGUCGCCCCACUGUCGUGGCCGAGCCCGAGAGCUCGAGGGCGGCUCUCUUUAUGAAGAUUGCCCAGGCGGCUGGGGCCAAGGUUGGGCUUUGAAGGAGUGAACCAAUUGCGUGCGAGUGGGCUGCCAAUCAUGGCUAAAAUAAUCACUGGGAUCGUUGACGACAAUGAGCACUAUCACGGAGCUGCAUGACACAUAGGCACGGGGGCAUCACUGUUAUCGGCAUUUGUACCAUCACCAUGUAUAUCUCGUUCUUUUCAGGUCUCGUGCCACUUUAUUUACUGGGAGCAUAUUUACCAAAAUACGCUGUUCACCGUGAGCCCUUGAGAUGAAAUUGCAGCGCAGAAAAACAGAAAUUUCCUGUCCCCUUCCUUGUAUGACCAAGGCUGGCUAGGCUUUCAUUUAAAGUUUGCUAAUGCGCCAUGACAAGUAGCUACCAUUUUGACCGAAUUAUUUGCCCAAGAAUAAAUGCAUGGAAGCCAAA